CUCCCGCGGCUGCCUGGGCUCCGUUCGGCCGCAACUUCCUGCCGAGUGCUGGGGAACUGUGCGCGUUUCGGGGUUCUGUGCUCGUAGCGGGAAGAAGCUGGGACCGCAGGACGGCCAGCCGUGGGCGGGAGUGGCCAGCUGCUCCAGUCGCUUCCGAGAGCGACUUUCAAACUCGCGCCCGCUUUGCGGCGCCACCUGGGCAGCUCCGCGUUCCCUGCGCGUCGCAAGCUCGCAAGCCGGCGGGGUGGCCACCGCUCGAAUCUCCCCGAGGUGACAAUCCCGGGCAGCGAUGCCAGGAUGCCCGUCUCCACUGCCCUCCACCAAGAUGGCAGCCAGGAGCGUCCAACCAGCCUAAUGUCCACCACUUCCUCAUCCGGCUCCUCCCGUGACAGCCACAGUGCCAUGGAGGAGCCCACCAGCUCCGAGGCUUCAGCCCAGAAUGGGACAGGCUCCCCUUGGGGCCGGCACGUUCCCAAUAGCAACAACAACUCCAGCGGCUGGCUGAACAUGAAGGGACCCCUCUCCCCUUUCAACGGCCGUGCAGGGACAAGUCCUGCCCACCACAAGCUCAGCUACCUGGGCCGGGUGGUGCGAGAGAUUGUGGAGACAGAGCGCAUGUAUGUACAGGACCUGCGGAGUAUUGUGGAGGACUACCUCUUGAAGAUCAUUGACACUCCCGGGCUCCUGAAGCCAGAGCAAGUCAGUGCCCUCUUUGGGAACAUAGAGAGCAUCUAUGCGCUGAACAGCCAGCUUCUCAGAGACCUGGAUAGCUGCAAUAGUGACCCUGUGGCUGUGGCCAGCUGCUUCGUGGAAAGGAGCCAAGAGUUUGAUAUCUACACUCAGUAUUGCAACAACUACCCCAACUCAGUGGCAGCCCUGACGGAGUGCAUGCAGGACAAGCAGCAGGCCAAGUUCUUCCGAGACCGGCAGGCGCUGCUGCAGCACUCCCUGCCUCUGGGCUCCUACCUGCUGAAGCCCGUUCAGCGCAUCCUCAAGUACCAUUUGCUGCUCCAGGAAAUUGCCAAACAUUUUGAUGAAGAAGAGGAUGGCUUCGAGGUGGUAGAGGAUGCCAUCGACACAAUGACGUGUGUGGCCUGGUACAUCAAUGACAUGAAGAGGAGGCAUGAGCACGCGGUUCGGCUGCAGGAGAUCCAGUCACUGCUCAUUAACUGGAAGGGGCCAGACCUGACAACCUAUGGAGAACUGGUCCUGGAAGCCACCUUCCGCGUACACCGUGUGCGCAAUGAGAGGACUUUCUUCCUCUUUGACAAGAUACUGCUCAUCACCAAGAAGCGGGGAGAUCACUUCGUCUACAAGGGUCACAUCCCGUGCUCCUCACUGAUGCUGAUCGAAAGCACCAGAGACUCCCUCUGCUUCACCGUUACCCACUAUAAGCACAGCAAGCAGCAGUACAGCAUCCAGGCCAAGACAGUGGAGGAGAAACGGAGCUGGACUCACCACAUCAAGAGACUCAUCUUGGAGAACCACCAUGCCACCAUCCCCCAGAAGGCCAAGGAAGCCAUCUUGGAAAUGGACUCUUACUAUCCCAGUAGGUAUCGCUGCAGCCCAGAGCGGCUGAAGAAGGCGUGGUCAUCCCAGGAUGAGGUAUCUACCCACGUGCGCCAAGGACGCCGGCAGUCUGAGCCGACCAGACACCUGCUCAAGCAGCUGAAUGACAAAGCAGCCAGAGCAGCAGGAAUGAAGCAUGCAGGCAGUGACGGAGCCCUCCUGGACUUUGGGCAGCUACCCCCUGCACAGGACCUGCAACCAGAGGCUGAGGGGGCUGCCACGGAGGAGCUUGAGGAAGAGGAGGAGAUAGUGGAGGAGGAAGAGCAGCAGCAGACCUUCCCAGGCUCCCUGGAAGACUUGGCAGGGCAUGAAGGCAGUGAGAAGGUGCCUGGGCCAGAGCUCCCGGGCUCGGAGGAGGAGGAGGAGAGUCUAGCUGUGGCCGAGCAGGUAGCUGACUUUGCCAGCUCCCUGCUGGCUGCCCUCCACUGCUGGCACUAUCGGGCCAACGCUUUACUUUUCUCCCGGGGUGCUAUGGGGAAGAGACACAGGGAGUCUGAAGACUCUAAAAGCUGCAGAAGGCCCAGCGACCGGUCUCCAACCAGCGCAGAGAAACGCAUGAGCUUCGAGUCUGUUUCUUCCCUGCCGGAGGUUGAGACAGACCCUGAGCCUGGGGCUGAGCAGGAGGCCUUGACUGCCUUGGAAGGUCCCAGCACUGAGGAGAUGCCUUCAGAGCCAGACUCUCCAGAAGUUCUGGAAACACAGCUCCAUGUCCCCAAGGGGCUGCUGCAGGUAGAUGGUCCAGUUGAUGUGGCAGACUUUGUGGAACCUGAGGGCACUGAGGACCUUAAGGCCCUGAGUAGCGAGGAGGAGGAAGAGGAGGAACUGGGAGCUCCCCAGGAGCCCGAGAGCCUGCUGCCACCCUCAGUGCUGGACCAGGCCAGUGUCAUCGCCGAGCGGUUUGCCAGUAGCUUCUCUCGGCGGAGUAGCCUGGCGAUGGAGGAUGGGAAGUCCAGUGGCCUUGGGACACCGCGGCUGAUCAGCCGGAGCAACAGCGUGCUUAGCCUGGAGGGCAGUGAGAAGGGCCUAGCCCGAUGGAGCAGCACUGGGGACUCCCUCAGCAACCCCCCGACCCCAGAAGUGGUCAUCAGUGCAGACAUGGUCACAGACAAUGGCCCUUCUGUCAAUGGAACGGAAUCUCCAAAUUCAGGCUCAGGCUGCCCCACAGAACCGGACAAAUCUUCCUGCAAGAAGAAGGAAUCAGCCUUGUCCACCCGAGACCGGCAGUUGCUGGACAAAAUCAAGAACUACUACGAAAAUGCAGAGUACCACGAUGCAGGCUUCAGCAUCCGGCGGCGGGAGAGCCUUUCCUACAUCCCGAAAGGACUGGUGCGGAGCUCUGUGUCCAGGUUCAACAGCCUCCCCAAGCCAGAUUCAGAGCCGGUAGCUCCAGUUGGGUACAAGAGGCCAGGGAGUUCUCGGCCAGCCUCAUGGACCUUGUUUGACCUCCCAGGACCCAGCCAGUCAGGCACAGGAGACCCAGCUCCCAUCACAGAUGCUGAGUUCCGCCCAUCUUCAGAAAUUGUGAAGAUAUGGGAGAGAAUGGAAUCUUCAGAGAGAAGUCCACGGACAGGGCCUGGCCAGAGCCAGGCCAACGGCUUUGAGCUCCAAGAGCCACUGUUCAUCUUGGAGGAGCAUGAGCUGGGGGCUAUCACCGAGGAGUCUGCUGUGGCCUCUCCGGAAAGUGCCUCUCCCACCGAGCAACCCAACCCAGCCCACCUGGCCCAGGAGCUGAAAGAGCUGGUGAGAGAGCUGAGCAACAGUGUCCAGGGGGAGCUGGUCACCCCACUGCACCCCCGAAUCAUGCAGCUCUCCCACGUGAUGGGCAGCCAUAUGAGUGAGCGGGUCAAGAACAAGGUCUACCAACUGGCCCGCCAGUACAGCCUCCGAAUUAAGAACAUCAAGGCAGCCAGGCCACCUCUGCCGUGGGAUAAAGCGUCUCCUGACAGGGAUGAGCAGAUCCCCAUCAUCUCUGGCCAGCCCGAGGAAGCUGGAGAGCUGUCAGGGGGCAAAGCCAGGAGGAAGCCUGUGCUAUCCCUCCUUAGCUAUGAGCAGCUGAUGGCUCAGGAACAGGGCACCUCCAAGACUUCCUCUGUUGCUGCUGCGGAGACCUCCCCACGCCGGUUCUCCCUCAGCCCUUCUGCGCUCAGCCCAAGAAGCGCCUCCUCCGGGUCUCGGCCCUCCACUCGGAGCCCCCUCAGCCCCUUCGACACCGAGACCUUCAACUGGCCUGAUGUCCGAGAGCUCUGCUCCAAGUAUACAUCCAACGACAAGGCUGCCCAAGCCGAGAGCAGCUGGCCACGUGGCCUGCUGGUCAACCGGAGCCGCUCCUUGCCUGAGAACAUAGUAGAGCCUCCUGUAUCUGGCAAGGUGGGCCGCUGCAGCAGUAUGAACACAAAGAGGCGCCAGGGGGAGGGGGAAGCUUCCCAGCCGCCACCUCCUGAGUCUCCUCCCCAAAGCAGGCUGAAUGGAGAGGAAUCCCUGUAUAUCACUGCAGACCUUACCCUGGAGAACAACCAGCGAGUGAUUGUCAUGGAGAAGGGGCCCCAUCCCAGCUCCACUGUGGGGCUGGAGGAGGGCAGCCGGAAGGAACCGAAUUCACCAUUAGCUUUGAAAGGGCAGGGCCAAGGUUUCCUGGAGUCUACAGAGUACCAGCCCAAGGAAGAAGGGUUCAGGGACCCAGCAGACACAAACAAGCAGGGUAGAGUGAGGAACCUGAGGGAGAAAUUCCAGGCCUUGAACUCUGUGGGUUGACUGACCCCUGAAGGAGAGAGCAGCCAUGUCGAGGACUGGCAUGCUCCACCAGACCUAGCUCGCUAAAGGCUGUGCCUCCAUUCUUCUGGAAGAGUAACCUGUUUGGAGAGCGAGUGUGAACUCACCUGCUACCUGUGUUGGCACGUCCCCACCUCCCCAGGGAGGUCCUAUGAGAACUUUCCUUAGGCCCAGAUGAGCCACUUACUUUGUAAAUACUUCUCUGAUAAGAAGCCAAAUAUUUUAUUUAAGCUUACUCUGCCCAAGGAGAGCAAGUACUGUCCUGGCUUCCCUUACUGGCUGGCCACUGCCUGGCUGAGGAGCCAAGGGGAAACCUAGGAAGCAGCCUGGGCAGACUCUGCUCUUUAUCUGCCUUGUCUUAGGACCUAGGCGGGAAUGAGGCCAAUAAUUUAUUGCUUUCAAUCCUGUGGGGUGUGUGGAUGCAUGUGUGUGAGCGUGUAUGUGUGUGUGAGUGUGAGCAUGCCCGCGAAUUCGUACAUGUGUCCUGUAAAGAAUGUAACGGACUUAGUUCAGGUACUCUUGAAGGUUGUCUUGCUAGCCCCGUGGUUGUUGCUGAUGAAUACACAUUUCAUUAUUUGCCAAUGGUGCAGUAACCACUGCUGGCCAUCCAACCAACCUGUGUGUGGCCUCCUUAUUGGGGACCACUCUGGGGAGGAUUAUUCAUGGGUCAAGGGACAUGGAAUGCUCACUCAGUGACUAAGCACAGGAAACAGGAGACACCAGGGUGCUCCCAGGUCCGGUGGGGUACAGAGUGUGAGAUGGGAACUUUGUCUCUGCCACGUCUGCUUCUGUGCACUGUUCUGUCCACCCCACGGCCCAGCAUCCUGUCUGGGGUGGGAAUCACACAUGUGAGUCUUUAGCUCUUCUCCCAAAGACAAAAUUAUACUAACACGCUGGAGUUGCGAGGGGCAAGCAGAACCCCUCAGAUAAGCAAGUUUCUGGUGCCCAGUGUCUUUUCCUCUUCUCUCCCUCUCCAGCUCCUAGGAGCAGGGAUCCUAAGGCCGAGGCUUAGAAAUGUCCUGCGGUGGUUUGCAGUGUUGUGGGAACGCACAGGCAUUUUGUUAGGGUGGACCCUGUUUUUGCAGCAUCCACAGAACUGUCCGCUUGCAGAGGACCGGGAAUGCUCCAUUUCUUGGGUGGACCCUUUUCUCCACGGAAGACCAGCCUUACUUCAUCUGGUUUGUUCUGUCUGGGGCCAGAAAGGAGGGGACCGUAGGGCCCUGGUGGUUGAUAAAGAGGUCAGUCUCUUGAGUGUGUCUGCAAGACUAUAGAAUUAAGACCUGGGGAGUCGUCCAACCUAGGAGGAUGGGUUAAAUCUGAACAUGGGUCCAUCCAGUCCCCCGCUGUCGGGUGAGUGGUGGCCUCCUGGGCAUGAGCAGAGCAGGACCGCAUCAGCCCAUGUCCUGUUAAUUGCUCUGAGUCCUCUGUGGCCCUUUGGUAGUCACUGAGAAGACGGCUACCGGUUUUGAGCAGGCCCAUCCCAGGAUGUGACACCUGAUAACAGUCAUAAAAGCACUGGAUAGGUGACUCGAAACUCUUGCCCCAGCCUUGCUGGCAGCUAGCUGGGACACCCAACUGUGUACUUUCCUCAGCUCCAGAUUGAAGGCUGGAUGAGUCACUGUGAUGCCACCCAGGCGUGGAGCCUCAGCAGUUGUAGCUAAUGUCUUUCGGAUGCUCCUCACACCCCGCGUCUAGGUGUGCUUGGGAACCUUGGGCAGGGAUCAUUGCUUUCACUGGUACCGAUCAGAAUAUCUGAGGGGCCUCUGGAACCUGGCAGUCUUGUAUACCACCCAGGCCAAACAACCCUGAAAUGGAUCCCCAAACAGAUUAGGGAUGAGGCUCCUGCACCCUGUAGUGAGCAGCAUGCACAGUGAGUGCUGAGGAAUGCCUUUGAUCCAGAGUUGAUUGAAUUCAUGGGUGAGCAAGCUUCCUGGGGUCUCAGAAUGGGUUUAGGGCCUGGAUGCCAACAGAGUCAACCCAUAAUCCUCUCAGGAACAAACCAAAGUCUAGCGGUCCCUCUGUUUCCAUGGUACCCGUCCUCUGAAGUCCAGUUCAAAGGAAGACGAGACUAGUCAAAUAAACAGAAACAAACACGGAGUAUU